AUGCACCAGGCAUUGAUGAGUAUUAUCGCGCGAUGUUGGAAGCCGUUCGGGCAAGGUGACGACGCCAAUGCUGGAAGAGAAUGCAAGGACGGCCUCCUCUGGUUCCGCGACAUCGGAAGGUUUGCCGCCGGCGAUUUCUCCAUGGCCGUCGUUCAGGCUAAUCAGGUACUCGAGGACCAGAGCCAGAUCGAGUCCGGACCCUUCGGCACCUUCGUCGGCGUCUACGACGGCCACGGCGGCCCUGAUUGCUCGCGAUACGUUUGCGAUAACUUGUUCCGUAAUCUCCAAGCGAUAUUGGCCGAGUCACAGAGUGUUGUGACAUCUGAGGCCAUUCAACAAGCGUUUCGGCGGACUGAGGAGGGGUUCACGGCGCUUGUUUCAGAGUUGUGGAACUCCCGGCCGCAGAUUGCGACCACUGGGACAUGUUGUUUGGUUGGGGUUAUUUGUCGGCAGACGCUGUUUGUGGCGAGUCUUGGAGAUUCCCGUGCUGUGUUGGGUAGGAGAGUUGGUAACACUGGUGGGAUGGCUGCGAUUCAGCUGUCCACGGAGCACAAUGCGAAUGUUGAGGCUGUUAGGCAGGAGCUUAAGGAAUUGCACCCGGAUGACCCCCAGAUUGUUGUCCUCAAACAUGGAGUGUGGAGAGUAAAGGGAAUAAUUCAGGUUUCUAGAUCUAUAGGUGACGUAUAUAUGAAACAUGCGCAGUUUAACCGGGAACCCAUUAAUGCGAAAUUCAGACUCCCCGAACCAAUGAACAUGCCAUUCUUGUCUGCUAAUCCGACUAUUAUUUCUCAUCCAAUCCAACCAAAUGAUUCCUUCCUUAUAUUUGCAUCAGAUGGUUUAUGGGAGCACCUGAGUAAUGAUCAAGCAGUGGAUAUUGUUCACAGCAGUCCACGUGCGGGUAGUGCCAAGAAACUUAUUAAGGCUGCCCUACACGAAGCAGCAAGAAAACGUGAAAUGCGAUAUUCAGACCUUUAUAAGAUUGACAAGAAAGUUCGUCGCCAUUUUCAUGACGAUAUAACUGUUAUUGUUUUAUUCUUAAAUCAUGACCUUGUAUCGAGAGGCGCAGUUCUAAAUUCGCCGCUCACAGUUCGAAGUGCGCUCGAUCACUGA